AGCACCAUUGAAUCCCAGUCCUAACAGAAGUACUGCGAAUCUUGUGGCCUCAUUUUGAACAAAAGGGAUUAGAGAAGAAAAAUCUCUUGAUAUAAGGCUUGAAAGCAAAGGCAGGCAAUCUUGGUUGUGAAUAUUUUCUGAUUUUUCCAGAAAUCAAGCAGAAGAUUGAGCUGCUGAUGUCAGUUAACUCUGAGAAGUCGUCCUCUUCAGAAAGGCCGGAGCCUCAGCAGAAAGCUCCCUUAGUGCCGCCGCCACCACCGCCGCCUCCACCACCGCCUCUGCCAGACCCUACACCCCCAGAACCAGAGGAGGAGAUCCUGGGAUCUGAUGAUGAGGAGCAGGAGGACCCCGCAGACUAUUGCAAAGGUGGAUAUCACCCAGUGAAAAUUGGAGACCUGUUUAAUGGCCGGUAUCAUGUUAUCAGGAAGCUCGGAUGGGGUCACUUCUCAACCGUCUGGCUGUGCUGGGAUAUGCAGGGGAAACGAUUUGUUGCGAUGAAAGUUGUAAAAAGUGCCCAACAUUAUACGGAAACAGCCUUGGAUGAGAUAAAAUUGCUCAAAUGUGUUCGAGAAAGUGAUCCUAAUGACCCAAAUAAAGACAUGGUAGUGCAGCUAAUUGAUGACUUCAAGAUUUCAGGCAUGAAUGGAAUUCAUGUCUGCAUGGUCUUUGAGGUGCUUGGCCACCAUCUCCUCAAGUGGAUCAUUAAGUCCAACUACCAGGGCCUCCCAGUGCGUUGUGUGAAGAGUAUCAUCAGACAGGUUCUUCAGGGGUUAGAUUAUCUACACAGUAAGUGCAAGAUUAUUCAUACUGACAUAAAGCCAGAAAACAUCUUGAUGUGUGUAGAUGAUGCCUAUGUGAGAAGAAUGGCAGCUGAGGCCACCGAAUGGCAGAAAGCAGGUGCUCCUCCUCCUUCAGGGUCCGCAGUGAGUACUGCUCCACAACAAAAACCUAUAGGAAAAAUAUCAAAAAACAAGAAGAAAAAACUGAAAAAGAAGCAGAAAAGGCAUAGCUGAAUUAUUGGAAAAGCGCCUGCAGAAAUAGAAGAAUUAGAACGAGAAGCCGAAAGAAAAAUAAUAGAAGAAAACGUCCCAUUGGAUGUCGCCUCAAACGAGCAGGAUGGUGAAUACUGCCCAGACAGGUGAAACUGAAAACAGCAAGAAUUAGAGGAGGCAGCCAAGGCAGAGACGGUUGAAACUGGGGAUCAAGAGAAAGAAGACACUGAGAAAGAAAACACUGAGAAAGAUGAAGAUGAUGUUGAACAGGAACUUGGAAACAUAGACCCUACGUGGAUUGAGUCCCCCAAAACCAAUGGCCAUAUUGAGAAUGGGCCAUUCUUACUGGAACAACAGCUGGAUGAUGAAGAUGAUGAAGAGGAAGAUUGCCCCAAUCCUGAGGAAUUUGAUGAGCCAAAUGCAGAGAGUGAUUAUACAUAUAGCAGCUCCUAUGAACAAUUCAAUGGUGAAUUGCCAAAUGGACAACAUAAAAUCCCCGAGUCACAGUUUCCAGAGUUUUCUCCAUCAUUGUUCUCUGGGCCCUUAGAACCCGUGGCCUGUGGCUCUGCUCUUUCUGAGGGAUCCCCACUUACAGAACACGAAGGUAGUCCGUCCCAUGACCGAAGCAGGACAGUCUCAGCCUCCAGUACUGGGGAGUUGCCAAAAACAAAAACUCGGGCAGCAGACUUGUUGGUGAAUCCACUGGAUCCACGGAAUGCAGAUAAAAUCAGAGUUAAAAUUGCCGACCUGGGGAAUGCCUGCUGGGUGCAUAAACACUUCACGGAGGACAUCCAGACGCGCCAGUAUAGAUCCAUAGAGGUUUUAAUAGGUGCAGGCUACAGUACACCUGCUGACAUUUGGAGCACGGCGUGCAUGGCAUUUGAGCUGGCAACGGGCGAUUAUUUGUUUGAACCACAUUCUGGGGAAGACUAUUCCAGAGAUGAAGACCACAUAGCCCACAUCAUAGAGCUGCUAGGCAGUAUCCCAAGGCACUUUGCUCUAUCUGGAAAAUAUUCUCGGGAAUUCUUCAAUCGCAGAGAUCACAUAGCAUUGAUCAUUGAACUGCUGGGGAAAGUCCCUCGAAAAUACGCUUUGUUGGGGAAAUAUUCCAAGGAGUUUUUCACCAGAAAAGGAGAACUGCGACACAUCACCAAGCUGAAGCCCUGGAGCCUCUUUGAUGUACUUGUGGAAAAGUAUGGUUGGCCCCCUGAAGAUGCAGCACAGUUUACAGAUUUCCUCAUCCCAAUGCUAGAAAUGGUUCCAGAAAAACGAGCAUCAGCUGGCGAAUGCCUUCGGCAUCCUUGGUUGAAUUCUUAGCAGAUUUUACAAAUAUAGCAUUCUGAGCUAGCAAAUGUUUUCCAGUACUGACAUUGGACCUAAACGGUGACUCUCAUUCUUUAACAGGAUUACAAGUGAGCUGGCUUCAUCCUCAGACCUUUAUUUUGCUUUGAGGUACUGUUUGACAUUUUGCUUUUGUGCACUGUGAUCCUGGGGAAGGGUAGUCUUAUUGUCUUCAGCUUAGUAGUUUACUGACCCUUUUUCUUCUGGAAACAAUAACAUGUCUCCAAGCUUCGUUUCUUGUGUUUGUGUGACAUUCAAGUGUCAGUUUCUUUGAACGAAAAACACUUUCCCUCCUUGUGUUUUGGCAAGUUUUGUAACUAUUUAUGAAGAGAUAUUUUAGCUGAGUACUAUAUAAUUUACAAUCUUAAGACCAUAUCAAGUUGGAACCAAGAACUAUAGCAAGGAAAUGUAAAAUUUUAUCUUCUGGCAAAGGGACAUCAUUCCUGUAUUAUAGUAUAUGUAAAUGCACCCUGUAAAUGUUGAUUUCCAUUAAAUAAGGAUGGGGACUCAAAUUUCUGAAGAGCUACUAAGUCUUGACUGCUUUGUAGCCUGUGUGCAUGUAGCAGAAUUUAACUGCCCAAGGAGUUGUGCAAACUUGUCAUUCCAUAGCAUAAUUCUUUCACAUUGGAGUUUUAAAAAAGUGGCUCUGGACUAAAGGAUAUCAUUCCAUAUAUGACACUUUAGAGGAAGAGACAUACUUCUCAUGCUAAAAUAAUUAUUGGUAAAGAUUAGGGGUUAGCAUUCCCAUUCUUUCUUUUCCCUCAUAUUUAAAAAAAUUACUUAAGAAAAAGAAAUAUUUGUCUUUAAAAUGAUCUCAGAACCAUGUGCUGUUGCCUCCUCUAGGCACCUGUAAGUUAAACUCAAUAUAGAUUAAAUUGGACAAGGAAACAUGUUCGGUGUGUGAAUGAAAAAAUAUAUAUCUAUGAUGGCUGAGGAACGCUUGCAACUAUUUGUCUAAAUCCAAGGUAUGCCACAUAUAGUUUGCAGUACAAUAGGCAAAACUCUAACACUGAGAGGUAAAAGUAGUCACAUUCAUUCCAUAGUUUUAUGUGUGGCUAUGAUAUAGUUUACUUAUUGUCUUCCCAUAAAUUUAAAAUUUCCCUUUGCAGGUUUUUUUUGUUUUUUUUUUUUUAAAUACAUUUCCUUUAAAUUGCAGAAUCCAGGACACAAACCAUAGUAGGCAAUACAAUUUUAGAAUGUGACAUUGAGGUAUAUUCAGCCUCUUUUAGAAGUCAUUGGAUUGAAUGAGUUUUUUUUUUAAAAGAAAUUUAAAUUCAUUAAGGUGCCUCUUUUUCUUGACAUUGUCCAUUAACAUUUAUCCAUAUAUGCCUUUGCAAUAAUUAGAUUGUGAAAAGAUAACAAGUGUUGUAACAAUAAUCCAUUGUUUGAGGUGCUUGCAGUUGUCUUAAAAAUUAAAGUAUUGCUUUUUUUUU